AUGGAUUUAAAAACUUUCUCUGAAAGUGAAUUUGAUCCCAAAGAAUGGAUAAACAAAGCGUGGAGCUUGAGUGGGAAUCAAGAAAAGGAGGUUUUCGUUGCAAAUACUGUAACCAGACUACAAUUGUACAUGAAACAACUGAGUAACUCGCUAGAUGAAACAACAACACAAAUAUUAACUACAGUGCCUCGAGUGAUCCAAGAUGUGUCCUCGCUGCAGCUGGAAGGUGCAUUAUUGCAGCAGAAGUUGAUGAGCCUUGAACAGCAAGUGGAGAGUGUAGAGGAACAGACGGGACACUCCAUUGAGAGUCUUCAAAAAAUAGACUUACUUAAGAGCAAGCUUGAGAAUGCAGCGUCGGCGCUUCGCGAGGCCGACAAAUGGGCAGCACUAGCUACAUCACUGGAAGACAUCUUGGAAAAUGGUAUUCCAACGCAAAUUGACAAGUUGACAGAGCUGGCUGACUUGGUUGUUGCAAUGACAGAGAGUUUGGAGGUCUUAAGCGAUGCCCCGGACUAUGAAAAGAAGCAUACCCAGUUAGAAUUAUUGUAUAAUAGACUAGAGGCCGCGAUAAGUCCAUCCUUCAUCGAAGCAUUGACCCAGAUGGACGCUGAUCGCACGAGCGCCUACGUCUCCAUAUUUCGAGGCAUGAACCGCUCGGUGUCAGCGCACAGGUGCUGGAGACGUGCAGCAGCAGCAAGGCAAGUGGCGAGCUGGCGGCGGCUCGACUCCCACACGGUGUCGGCGCUGACGAGGCAACUCACUUCGGAUGCUAAUCGACAGGUUGAAUGGUUGACGACCGUUCUGAAGUCGGAAACGCCUAUAGCGGAAUUGAUACGACUCUACACAGACCUGUUGCUCUCACUCGACCCGUCACCCACUAAGAUCGUUUCAGCCAACUUCAAGCUGUGUCAAUCGCUGGAGGAGAGCAUCAGUAUGUUGAUCGAUUUGAAAUCGGAUGUCGACGAAUUUAUCGAUUGUAUUAUGCGUGUGAUAGACGGCUACGGGAAUAAAGAGAAAUUGUCAAAGUCGACUUUGAAGGCGCUAGGCAAGAUCGUAUAUGCUCCUUUGAGGGAAAUGAUGCCCAAUUACACAGAGCUGCAGACGCAACUGUUUCUUGCCUAUUUGGAAGACCCGCAAUUGGAGCAGAAGAACCUUCUAGAACAUUCUAGAGCGAUACAGACGAUCGCUGAACGAUGCGAGGGCUGGCUGGAUACAGCUUAUUCUAGAGGGAAGAAGAUAGCUGGAGAUGCUGUACAUUCCUACUAUAUGACUGCUUUGGAGACAUUCAUAACGGCGAUAUUGAAUUUGAUAACGGGUCACACACGACACAUCGAAGCCACAUUCCUAUCGUCAGCGUCGAAAGGACAGCACGAGGGCGUUCUCAGCGCGACGUUCCCAGCGUCGCUGAUACUGGAGACUGCGACCGGCACGCUGAUUGACGUUCUGGUCAGCAGGCAGACGGUGCCAGAGGAAACCACAAAUCAGCAUCCACUCUUCGACCUUAAACUGCUACUGGAGCAAGAAUCCCGCGACAAUAGGCCUUCGCCCUCGCUAGCGGGGCUCCGGAGGGCGAGGGAUCAACUUAAAACUCUAGCUAGAACAAUACUUAGAAAUCCGGUUGAUGUUCAGUUGGAUAAAAUACCCCAACUGUCCGUCUGGUAUAACAACGACGCGUUGUCUACUGAUUUGCCGGAUUUCGCGCUGUCACCUCAAGAGUACAUAACUGAGAUCGGUCAAUACUUGAUGACAUUACCACAACAUCUAGAGAUGUAUCUGUCUGAAAAACAGGCUCCAUGGCAGUUUCUAUCAGAGGUUUGCACAUAUACAUGUGAAAUGUACGCAGAGAAAAUACUUAAUAUCCGCAACAUGGACCCACUGGGUACGAAGAGGUGUCUGACAGAUAUUGUGUACUUGUCGAGUGUGGUGGAAGAUCUAGGAACCAAUGUAACGCCUGCUUUGAAGAACCUAGAAAAGUCCCUACGGAGUGCAACAACUAGUGGCAAGGAUACAUAG